AUGGCACUGAUAGAGCAUAGGCACUGCUACAAAGGGACCACGAAUCUCUGUGCAGGAGCUGCUGCUGACGAUGCACAGCCACAACCCCCAGGCGUAGGAGCCGCUGCCGCAACAUCUGCAACGGGGAAUGAUGGGAUGGCAGCGUCUCCCUGGGCCUUGAGCUCUGAGCUGCUGCAGCCACAACUGGUUAAGCAGCAGCCUAGACACCCUCAGGAAGCACCGGAGCAGGAUAGGAGUCAGCGGUGCAGCUUGCUGCAAGAUCAGCAGAUGCAGCGGCAACAAAAACGGCAGAAGAAAGAUGCCGACGCUUUCCUGCUCCCUGCCAGCCCCUCUUCCGCAUUGGCUGGCAGUUUAGAGCCCGAAUCCUCCUUCAUAGAGCUGCAGCAGCACCAGGAGCAACAGGAACAAAAGCAGCCAUCGCCGCUGCAAGACGAGUGGGUUGCGCCGUGGGAGCUUUUCAUUGGCAGUGGCGGCAACAGCAGCAGCAGCAGCAGCAGCAGCAAUAGGCAGCAGCGAAGCCGCGGCAUGAGGCAGCACCUGCAGCUGUUCAUGCGGUGUAUUGCUAAAACUCCCGCCUUCAUCGCUCAGCAUGUGCUCCAGCACGCAGUGUUGCUAUUACACCUGCUGCAACUGGCGGCAACGCAAGUUUCAAAGCUGGAAGUCUGGAUCCUCGCAGCAGCAACCGGUAUAGCAACAGCAGCUGCCGCGGUGUACAUCCAGCUCAGCUCCGACUUCGUCGCAGACCUGCGCAACGGGUUUUGCAGACAUUCCUUCUUGAAGUCUCAAGCGGCUUGCCUUGCUGCCGUGCCAGAGGGAUUUGUAGGCGAGGGCCCCUGGGUGUCUUGGGCAUCUUUCUUUGAGGCCGAAGGUUUAGGGGGAGCCUUACUGGCGUUUGUUGGAUUCGUCGCUGUAUCCGUUGGUGCUGCCACGGCUGCUGCUGCCGCUGUUGCCAAGCUAGCGCCGCAAGCCGCGGGGUCCGGGAUUGCUGACACAAAGGUUUUCAUGCGCGGCUUCCGAGACAGCACGUUCCUGUCACCCCGCGUGCUCGUUGUAAAGUUGCUGACCUUGUCGCUGGCGGUUGGCAGUGGCUUGUCCUUGGGCAAGGAGGGCCCCAUGGUGCACAUUGCAUGCUGUGUGGGGUUUCUUCUGCUUGGCGUCUGCCAGUGGGCUGCUGCUGCGCUUCCUCGGGCGUGGACACGCUACAGACAACGCGCCGCAGCCCACUGGUGCACCCUUCGUCGCAGUCUCGUGCUGCUGUGUCUUUCCGGCAGGAGGCGUGUGCUGACAGAUGAGGCGGCCCUCGAGGCUUCGUCACCCGGCUUGAGGGCUGUGCAGAAGACUCGCAGCCUCUCUCUGAAUCGCAGAAGACACGACCACGCUCAGACGCUAGGACCUACCGAUCCAGACGAAACCACGAAUGCGAUUCUCCUUGCCGCGUGUGCAGCGGGCGUCGGAUGCGCCUUCUCUGCUCCGAUUGGUGGCUUGUUGUUUGCUUUUGAGGAGAUGGCUGGUGGCCUAGGGACCUUCGAGAAUUUGUUUUCACGGUGCAGCGCAGACGCAUCGGCAGAUCCCUUGAACCUCUGCGUCCGCAUGAGCACUGCCAGCAGCAGCAGCAGCAGCAGCAGCAGCGCGAGCAGUCAAGGACCAACACUCUCCGACGCGUACCGCGUGGAUGCGAGUCUCGCCCUCGAGCUGUGUUGCGUCUUGCUGUGCAAGACCCUGCUUACGGUUUUUUCCUUUGGACUGAUGGUGCCAGCGGGCAUCUUCAUCCCGGCUCUCACUAUCGGCGCCUCAUAUGGCCGUCUCCUGGGCCUGCUGAUGUUGCGCCUUCGCCCUGUCUUUGCCUCUUCGGCCGCUUCGCUUGGAGGCUUUGCCACUCCUGGAGCCUACGCGCUGGUGGGAGCCGUCUCCUUCCUGGGGGGCGUUACGCAGACCAACAUUGCUCUGAUUGUGAUUUUGAUCGAAGUCACAAAGACUUCCGCAGCUCUGGCUCUUCCCUUCCUCCUCUCCCUUGCCUUCGCCAAGCUCCUCAGCGCACGGGCACAGCAGGGCGGAUUCUAUGCUGCUCUUAUUCGCUUCAAAAAGCAACCCUUCUUCUUCAAUGAGGGCCAGGUUUGUUUCGACGGACUGAGUGCGGAGGAAGUGAUGAAGAAGGAUGUGUGCGUCGUGGCUGUUGACGAAGGCCUCACCCUCGCGAGUCUGAAAGCCUUGGCUGACACCAACAAGCGACUUUGUGGAUAUCUGCAUGCGUGGCAGUUGCGAUUGCUGCUGCAGCAUUUGCUGCUGCUGGAGCACCCCCUUGUGCAUGCACACACGUUGGUGUCUUUCUAUGCCUUCCGCUCAGCAGUUACGGUUGCUGGCGGAGUCCCCCUGCAGCAGAGGCAGCAAAAACUGCAGGAAAAGGCCCUGAGGUCGUCUGUAUCACUCCUCAUCCUUGACCAGGAAGGUGGUCUCUUGCAGGCUCUCCCGCUGUUGCAGAUGGCAGCAGACGGCCGACUCCGAAUUCCGCCAGUGAUCGCUACAGCAGCAGUAGCUGCAGAAGGUGGAGGGGUGGCAUGUGAGCAGGCUGGAAAACUGGCAGCAGCAGUAAAGUGCAGCACCGGCAGACUUCCUGCGGGCUGUGUUGAAAUGCAGCCGCAGAUGGACCCCAUUUGUCAUCCAUCAGAUCGUAAUACUGCUGCAACGGAAGGAUGUGGCAGUACUGCUGCUGGGGAGGCCCUAGCGGGGCACCAGGUGUUUGUGGAUCUCUCCCUCUUGGUCGAUGAGGAAGUGCUGCAGCUGCCGCCCCACACUCCCCUUCUGCAUGUGUAUAGAAUGUUUGGAUUGCUGCAAUGCGAGACUUGUCUUAUCUCCCGUUGCGGCGUGCUGGAAGGCCUCAUUGGCAGGAAGAGCUUCCUUACCACGAUGAGGACUCCCCAGCUGGACGAGUGUUGCUGA